AUGGCGGAGUGUCAGGACACAUCUGAGCUGGGGGGAAAAGAAGACAAAGAGGAAGAUACUGAACUAUUUUGUGAACAAUGUCUUGAUGAAGGAACGUCUAUUAAGGCAAAAGGAUAUUGCUUGGAUUGCAAUGACUAUCUAUGUGAAACAUGUUUGAACGUUCACUGUUUGACCCGCCCAAUGAGAAAACAUAGAUUGUGUAGAACGGAUGAGGUUCCGAAAAGAGAUGAACAAAGGGAAAACAAUCCAAACGACGCGACCAGUGAUAACACAUCUUUGGUCUGCCAGAUCCAUGAUGGGUAUGUUAUUGUUUCUUACUGUGGAACGCACAACCAAUUAUGUUGUGAGAAAUGUCUCAAUAUCGGUCAUGUGGCCUGCAAAGACUUGAAUAACAUCACUGAGUUUAAAAAUGAGAUAACCAGUAAAAAGGAAUUCAAUUCGUUUUGUGCAUCUAUGACACACUUUAAAAACAAAUGGCAGAUAGAGAAACAACGAGCGUUCUCGUACCUAGAUGAUGUCAAUCGUUGCUAUGAAACUACAAUCAGUUUUGUAACAAACCAACUGGGUGAAAUGAAAGCAGCAGAUAGCGCUUACUUGGGUUCGGUUAUUGCAGCAUGCGAGAGUACGAUUAAUCAGCUUGACCAAUGGCUGUCAGAUGUGGAGAGUUUCAAAACUUCAAAGCAGAAUAAUAAAUUGUUGCAAUUUAUGCAUUCCACACAGUCUCAGUUGCGUGUAAUGGACGACUACGUCCAUGCUUCCUUUGGUAAAAGCCAGAUCACUCGCUACUGUAUUGGCAAUGUGGAACCUUCAGAAACAUCUAUUAUCAACAUUGCAAAAACGCCUUUUCUGUUGAAGAGGCUGAACGUUAAAACGUUAAAUAAGAGUAAAGUGCCCAAAAUAAGAGAUAUUAUUUGCUUGAAUAAAACUCAUAUGCUUGUAAUUGAUGAACACCAAAACAAUAUUCGUCUGAUUGACACUACGGAAGAUAAAGUUAUCUCAAGACAGACAAUAGAUGGCUUACCACUGCAAAUGAGUCGCGGGGAACACACGGAUGUAUAUGUGCUGCACCUGGAUGGUCAAAUUAACGUUGUUCAGCUGCAAGAACAAGAUAACAAGUUUGGGUUGAAAGACAAAAUCCGAACUGGGACUAAAUAUCAUACGGUCGAUUAUUACAACCAAAAGUUAAAAGUCAUUGGAGGAAAUCCUAUAAAACUGACUGAGCUUACGCUUGACAGAAAGGUAGACAGAAUCGUGAGCGAAAGCUUGUCGCAAACUAAAGAUGCAAACGGUCAAUCGCUCAUUUCUUCCGUUUCUUUUUCAACCGUUGAAAAAUCCAAUGGAUCAGUAUUCGUUCCCGGAAAUAAUUCCAUUGUUGAAAUAAAAAAUGAUGGAACUGUAGAGUUAUUCGCAUACUCAGAGCUACUGCAGUCGCCACAGAACAUACGAGUGUUGGAAGAUUCCCUUCUGGUUUCAAGUUUGAUGAACAAGAAUGUUUACAGGGUCUACCGUAGUAGUCACGUUUCAAGCGUGUUUCCAAAACCUCUGGAUUUUCCCGUGGUGGCCAUUGGCUAUGAUUCCGAGGAAAGACGUCUUUUCGUAGGUGGAGAGAGUGAAUAUGUGCAUGUGUAUCAACUGUAA